UAAGGCAAACGCGUUUAGUGCAUACAGCACGAUGUCGCAGGAAGUCAUCACCUGAGACAGGUGCUGUUUGCGCCCGCAGAUGUUCUGUACAUGCGCGCUCACGUGUGCCUACAACUGCGCCGACGGGUUACAUCACACCCCCACAUGGAGGAACGGGUUGAGUGCCCACAGAUACAACAGGCGGUGACACCACCAGCCACUACAGCAUAUCAGCACUUCUCUUUAAUGCAACGUAUCAGCGUUUUAGAUAUGUGUCAUCGGCAUAUAAGCGUUUAAGAUACGAGUCAUUGACAUAAGGCGCAUGUCACAGGCGUGCAAUCGCCACUGCCACACCGACCAGCCCCCCCCCCUCUCACUCUCUCUCUAUCAUUCGGCUGGCUCCUGCGCUGUAUGGGUAUGUGUGGGGUAGUGGUCUUUGGCCCUGUGACACCCUACCAGCAGAGGUGCGAGUACAACAGACAUGUCAUCGAACGAGACAUCCAAUCGCUCAUCAGUAACAGAGCCGUUGGUUUGGCCACAGACUUUGGGCGAUUCUCAACUCUCGAGUGCGCGUCUGGAUCAUUGCGUUCAGCUGCACGCAGGUCAGCCAGCAGCAUGGGGCAAUGCACCUGUGCCUGCUCUUUCUGUUUACGGAUACGGAGCGGAGUGGGAGUCGUGGUGGUCGUAGCCAGUGAACGGAGGCAGCCAGAUCAGUGUGAGCUUAGUGCGCUCUCGGCUGUGGAGGGAAUCUCUUUCGUGUGUCGUUCGGAAACAAAGCUCCUUGCAAAUGGGAGGCACGCGUGGUGUUGAUCUGUAUAAUUUGUCCGGACUUGUCAAUCAAAUGAGCUUGCUUUCAAAAGCUUUUAGCAUAAAGUACCAUUGCCAGUGACUGCCCCUCACACCACAUACAACUGCCACAGAUGGUACUGACCAGCACUACGCACAUUGUGAUCAGUUGAAUGGGUGGAGUGGCACUUUGUACACUAUCUAGUCCGUAUCGUGCUUUAGUAUAGCGAGCGUGUUAGGAAUGCCGGUAUAGCUCACGCUUAAACAGCAAUCUAGUGUAUGUACUCUCCCCUUGACAUACGCGUGCACUGGAGUGACUGGAGGUAUCAGCAUAGCCUAUACAAAUGAUAGCAGGUACGUUGCCUGCGACUAAUAGUCUACCAGGGCUCGACGCGGCCCAGACUGCACGAAAGAACUCCAUCCACAGUCAUGAAAAGGUGCAUUUUGCACCAAACACAUUCAUUAAAAAACCCCUGAGACAAAGCACUCAUACCAGAAUUAAAAUAAC